AUGCCAAAGGUUAAGGCCAAGAAAAUAACGACCGCAGGUGCGAGGAAGGGAGAUGACACACCGAAGAGGAGGCCGGGUCGGCCGAGAGGUCCACGGGCGACGUCAACCCCCGCAAGUGUGGAUCUGGGGCUGGGAGGCGGCAACAACGGGCCAGGAAGGAGCGGACCUGUGGUGUGGAUCAUAGGGGACUCGAUAGUGUUUUGGGCACAUCGCAGGGCGAAGAACACCGGCGAGGCUGACCUUGGACUUGGAACGUCGGUCCGUUGGUUGGGAAAAAGGGGGCUACGAAUUGAAGGGAUGCCAGUAGCAAGAGUAAGACCCGCUAGGGAGUACGAUGACGUUGGCAUAAGAUGUCUGGAUAAAACUACCGGAGGGAGGCGGUGCAAGCGAACGACGAAACAUCUCAGCGGAUUGUGCCCAACCCAUUUAAAGCCAUAUGACGACACACAGAUUAGACGCCUGAUGAGACGCCGUAUUAACCUCACACCGCAUCCCAGAGAGGGCAAACGGUGCUCGGAGUGGACUCAAAAGGAAAACAGGUGCACGCGAAAGGCCACACAUGAGGAUUUGUGUACACAGCAUUGUGAGUAUAAAGAAUUAUUUCUAUUCACAUAGUUAAUCAGAAGGAGGAAUAAGUAGAAGACGGAAAAAGGAAACUUCGAAAAAGAGAAAGGAAAAGAAAAGAAAGAAGGUCCAUGCAACUCCCUACAACAUUAUCAACCCCAUGCAGCAAAGCAGCAGCAUUCAGUCACAUUAUUUUCUUGCAACAGGAACAUUAUGUAAAAUGAUAGGGUGAUCAAAACAGAAAAAAAUAUUUACC